AUGGCUUUACACCCCUCGGAAGUCGCUAAGCAUAACAACGCCAAGUCUUGUUGGCUUAUCAUUCAUAACGAAGUCUAUGAUUUGACUAAGUUCCUUGCCCACCACCCUGGAGGCCGUAGAGUCAUUUUGAUGCAUGCGGGCAGAGACGCUACUCAACGAUUCAACCUUGUCCAUUCAAAGGAUAUACUCGAUAAGUGGCUUGAGCCUUGCCAGAAGUUGGGUGCUAUUGAUUCCAGCGAGGCCGUGGAAUCCACCACCCCACAAGAGGAGAAGGAACGCCAAAUUGCCCUCGAGAAGAAACCACCACUCUCACAAUGCCUUACUUUGAGAGAUUUCGAAGCCGUGGCUCAACAAACUAUGAGAAGAGAGUCAUGGGAGUACUAUUCAACAGGAGCAGAAGACGAGUUCGUAGGUUGCAUUCCAUUGAUCAGGGUAGGGCACCCUAUAACUCACAUGUGCUAUCAGACCCUCAAGGAAAACAUAACUGCAUUCCAAAGGAUUCGUUUCCGUCCCAAAGUUCUCGUCAAUGUCGAACAUGUCGAUAUAUCGACAACUCUUCUGGGGACAAAGACGGCAAUCCCCAUCUAUGUCUCAGCUACAGCGAGUGCCAAAUUGGGUCAUCCGGAGGGCGAAGUAGUCCUAACAAGAGCAAGCAACAACCACGGUAUUGUGCAAAUGAUACCGCUGUACUCAUCAUGCCCUAUCGAGGAGAUUACUGCUGCCAGGGCCCCGGAUGCCACUCAAUGGUUUCAGAUAUAUGUGAAAAAGGACCGUAACGCCACCCGUAAUGCUGUUGAAAAGGCUGAGAGACUUGGUUGCAAGGCUCUCUGCAUCACCGUUGAUAACCCUCACUUGGGUAGUCGCGAAAGAGUUUUGCGGUCGCACCAUAAGGGUGAGACAAGCGACACCGACGAGUUUGAGGAUGCGCCAGCCACCGAGCUUGAUCCUUCGCUCACCACAAACGCAAGCCUUGCUUGGGAAGAUAUCCCUUGGUUUCAGAGCAUUACGAAGAUGCCUAUCAUCAUCAAGGGCGUACAGCGGGUUGAGGAUGUCCUUACAGCGGUAAAAUAUGGCGUCAGCGGUGUAAUUCUCUCCAACCACGGCGGCCGCCAGCUUGAAUACGCCGAAGCUCCCAUCGAAGUGCUGGCCGAGGUCAUGCCCAUCUUGCGAGAACGUGGGCUUGACCAGAAAAUUGAGGUAUAUAUGGAUGGUGGCGUUCGCCGAGGGACCGAUGUUCUUAAAGCUCUCUGUCUUGGUGCUCGCGGAGUUGGGAUUGGUCGUCCAUUCCUAUAUGCGAUGACAGGGUAUGGUCAGAAGGGCGUCGAGAAAGCCAUGCGAAUUUUCAAGGAUGAGCUGGAGAGGAACAUGCGUCUGAUAGGAUGCAAUUCUAUCGACGAACUGCAUCCUGGAUUAGUGAAAUUACUUUCAAGGGAUCAAGCAAAGAUGUAA